UUCCAUAAAUGUUAUAUAUGUGAAUGUUAACACAACCGAAAUGGGAACCCCUAUUAUAGAUCAUUCAAAAAGAGUUAUGCAUGAUUUAGAUUUUCUCUUAACUCAAUUGGACGUCAAAAACCAGGCCUUUAAUUCUUAUAAACCACCGAAUCAACCGGUGUCUCCAAAUAUAUACAAGGAAAAAAAUUUACCAAUUUUGACGGCUAUUAAAAUAGAUAAUCUACUCAAAGAACUUGAUCCAGAACCGUCCAAACACAGGAUUCACAAUCAGAAAUCUCCAGAAGAGAUUAAAUUUAAAAACGCUUACCUCUCUCUUUCGCCUACGCAAUUAACCAAUGAAUCCAAAAUCAACGUUCAAAGCUUGCUGGCCGAAUUGAAUACCGUAAUCAGGGAGUCUCCAUCAAAAAUUAAAAGCUCUCAUACUAAUAUACCGCCCCAUAUAUCCACCUCUCCUACAUCUCUCAAGUCUCAAAACAUGUUCUCUUCUACACUUAGAUACAGCACCUUGAAACAAGAACCUACGAAUUAUUUUAAAAAGGUUUCCUAUUUAAAAAGAAAAAGUCCAGACCAAAAAAGGAAAAGGCGCAACCAAAAAAAGGAAAAAGUCCGAUCAAAAAAGAAAAGUACAUCCUCAACUGAAAAAGAUUGUUCUUCGGAGGAAAACGUUUAUUCAAGCAUCGGUGAAGCUCGUCGCUCCGUAGUUUACCAAUCCCUUAAUAAAGCAGACGAUCCCCCAAAUAAUGGAAGUCAUUUGAUUAGAUGUUGCCAUUGCAAUAAUGUCAUUUCCGAUCAAUCAAUUCAUGCUCUGGGAAAGGAUUGGCAUCCCGAACAUUUCAGAUGCUCGCAAUGCAAACGUGAAAUCGGAACCCAAAAUUUUUUCGAAUACAAAGGUCUCCCCUUUUGUGAAUCCGAUUACCAUGAAUUAUUUUCACCCAGAUGUGCGGCCUGUAAAAAACCCAUUCUUGAAAAAUGCGUGACGGCCCUAGAUAGAACCUGGCAUCCCGAACACUUCAAAUGCGUCGGCGCGUGUUCCAAAAUCUUCGAGCCCGGAGAGCCAUAUCACGUGAUCUCUCAAUCGGACCUAUCGCGACAUUCUUCUACUCUCGACCAAUCAAACGACAACAACAAAACUGACCAAUUGGAAUCUGAGAAUGAGGACCAGUUUAUGGCGUUGUGCCGAGAAGAUUAUUUUGCGCUAUUCGCUCCCAGAUGCCGCGCAUGUGCCAAUCCAAUUCUUGAAAACUUUGUGUCCGCUCUCGAUGCCAAAUGGCAUCCCGAUUGCUUCGUUUGUGGAGAUUGCCAUAUGCCAUUCGGGAAAGGCUCAUUUUAUGAGUUUAAAGACCAAGACGAUUCAUUAUCAUCAACCAAUAAUAAUAACUUUGGUUGGCCUUUAUGUUAUACCCAUUACAUGGCAAGGAAAAAGGCCUCAUAUUCGCUUUGCUUUGGUUGCGGACGCGAGAUAUCCCCAGGAGGCAAAUGCGUUUCCGCGCUUUAUAAAAAAUUUCACCCAGAACAUUUUGUUUGCGCUUUUUGCUUAAAACAACUCGGUGGAACGUUCAAGGAACGCAGGGGAAAGCCUUAUUGUCACACUUGCUUCGAUAAAUUAUUGUAAGAAAAUAGACUCCCCACCUUCUAAAAAAACUUAUAACUUAUGUAUAUCAAACUUUAUUGCCCAAAAUUACGCUUUGUUGCUAAUUAUAAAUAUUUUUUCCAGUUAUAAAAAUGGUAGAAAAGAGUUUAAUUAAUCUACAGUACUAUGUUUUCAGACAAAAAAUAAACCCGGAUUAAUAUACCUUUAUUUUUUUUAUUGAACUAAAUUUAGUUAAAUCCUUGAAAAUUACCCUUUCGAAUAAUAUCAGCCAGUAAUUAUUCUUUUAUAAAAUAAAAAUAAAAUUGUAAGAUUUUAUUUUUUUCCGAGAUCUGUCUUCAUGUAUGAAUAUGUAUUUAAACAAUUAUAAAAUUAUCUAAUUUAUUCAAUGAAAUGUAAUACCUGUGUUAAUAUAUUUUAAAACCUUUCGUAUAAUCAAUUUUUUUUUGUAAUUAUUUUACAAAUCUAAAACUUUUGAUGUAUUAUAAUUUUUUUAUAUUAGUUCACAUAUCUAAUUCGUUAACUUUUUUACUCAUACAAGUGUCUCAUUUUUUAUAUAUUGUAUAACUAAAUAAAAUAAUUGUAAUGCUCAAAAUUUUUAUGUAUUAAUUUUCUUGAAAGUAAAUCCUUUUGGAUUAGAACUUGCUACACUAAAACAUUUUGAUGCAAUAUAAUUUUUUUUUAUACUAGUUCACAUAAUUAUUUUCAAUAUAUUACAUUAUAUCUAAUUCGUCAGUGUUUUUUAAACAUUUAAUAUGCUAUGCCUUAUUUUUAUAUAUAACUCAAUAAUCACGUUGUAAACGCUCAAAAUUUUCUUGCAUUUAUUCCUUAAAAUUUAAAAUUUUCAGGAUUUAAACUUGCUAUUUCUUAUCUUGAUGUUAAACUUACUAGUACUAUAUAGUAAUACAUUACAAAUUAUGAUACUUUCAUCAAGUCGCUGCAGAGAUUAUACUAAUUAGAAUAAGGUAUAGUUUGAUAAUUAGAUGUUUUUUCGUUAACUUUAUAUUAGCUGUUGAUUAAAAUAUUAUUUUCACUGUAAAAUAAUUUAUAUUUUGGGGAUUUAUUAUUACACCAAUUAAUAUAUAUCUGUUUCUAUUAUGUAAAUUAUAAUAAUUUCAGAUAUUAUAAUAUACAUAUCAAGAUUACUUAAUAUAUUAUUAUUAACUUGUUUUAUUUUAAAUAUUUGCAAUAAACGUUUUAUAAAUUUA